AUGAGUGCACCGUGGCUUGCCGUACCGCGUAGCCUGCAGGGUGCCGCCGCUGCAUCUCGGGCGACGUCUGCAUCGGCUCUCCGGUCGCCGGCCUCGUCCUCAUUCUCGUCGCUGACCAUCUGCUGCGCAUGCCGGAGGACCCGGAGCCGGACCGGGGCGGCUCGGCGGUCGUACAGCAGCAGCACUGGAGCUGCCUUGCCUCAGGUGCCGGCGGCUGGCGUUGCUGCCCUGGCGUCGCGCCGCCUGAUUUCCGUGUCGGGCCCCGACGCUGCAGAGUAUCUGCAGGGCGUCAUCACCUCGAGCAUGGUGCGGUUGCAGACGCAGACGGGCCAAGACGACGGAACGGGCGCAGCGCCACCGCAGUCCGGCUUCUACUCGGCGUUUCUGAGUGCGCAGGGCCGCGUGCUGCACGACGUCUUUGUGUACCGGGACACACUCGGCGUCGGCAAGGAUGCCGGCAGCGGCGGCGACGCGAGCGCGUCGUUUCUCAUCGAGGUCGACGCCGACGCGGCCGCGACUCUGGCCAAGCACAUCCGGCGGUACAAGCUGCGGGCCAAGUUUGACGUGCGGCUGCUCGCGGCCGACGAGCUCACCGUGUGGCACGGCUGGGGUCUGCCGGCGGGCGCGCCGCUGCCGUCCGUUGGCGCCGAUCCUGGACUGAUUGCACACCACGAUACCCGUGCACCCGGUCUUGGCUGGCGGUUUGUUGCGCCGGCCGCCCGCACCGCUUCGUCCCUCCCUGCGCAGAUAGAGCUCAACGUCGCGGACGAGGCUGCGUACCGCGUGCGACGCUACCUGCUGGGCGUCGCCGAGGGCCAGCGCGAGAUGCUGCACAACCAGGCGCUGCCGCUCGAGAGCAACAUGGACAUUAUGGGCGGCAUCGACUUCCACAAGGGCUGCUACGUCGGCCAGGAGCUGACCAUCCGCACGCGCCACCGCGGCGUCGUGCGCAAGCGGAUUCUGCCGUGUCUCGUGUACGGCGCCGACGACGAACAACCGCGGUCGCUCGCCGUGGACGCACGCGGCACCACCAGCCACGGCCUGGCCGACACGAUCCCCGCCGAGACAAGCAUUGGUCGCGUGGGAAAGCGGGGCCGCAGUGCCGGAAAGUGGCUGAGCGGCGUGGGCAACCUGGGCCUGGCCCUCUGCCGGCUCGAGACCAUGACGGACGUUGCGCUGCCCGGCGAGGCAGUGGCGGCCGCAGCGACGGCGGCAGCGACCUUUGACCCGACAAGCGAGUUUGUGAUGAACGUUGUCGAGCGGAGCGAGAACGACAGCGAGGGUGGCAGCGGCGGGGAGGGCGAGGCUGAUACCAGCGCACCGCCAACGGCCGUCAAGAUCAAAGCCUUUGUGCCCGACUGGCUGCGGCAGGGAUUGGCGCCACAGGAUUAG